CCUAAAACGUUUUGGUGAUCUUGGUGCGUUCAAGACAACUGGGAACUCUGAAAUAGCGGCAAUCAUCUUCAAGUUGGAAAGUCAGAGUUCAAGCAAGGGACCCGAGUUCCCGGCUUGGAAUUCCGAGUUGGAUGACGAUUCAAAACUAUUUUUCUCAGGCGGAGCUGGUUCCCAGUUGUCUUGAACUUACUGAAGUCGGAUACCUCCAGUUGGUUUGAACGUGGCGUAACUGCUGCGAAGGAGUCAUUGGAAAGGUCGUGCCAGACAGAAAUGUAGCUUGUCCACAUGACAAAAACGUGGGUCACUAAAACGUUUUAAAAUAUGAUGUGGUUACUUCAAGUAUGUGCCUUUUGGAUUCCGGGGUUAGAUUUUACUGUAGCAUGAUAACGUGCGCGCUCUGUUGAAUAACAUCUGAAGAAUUAAGUAGGAUAUGUUAACUUCUAGCUAAAUUCACAGAAUAACUAGCUAAUAACUAGCUAAACAUGAGUCCUGUUGCUUCAAAUCAAGAGACAGCUGCAACAGGACUUCCUGCUCCUGCUUCUUCGGGAUCCCCUGGAAGUAGCACACCUUUCUCCAUAACUGGACAUAUCCAGCAAGUCUACAGCCAUGUCAAAAUAGAGAAUUUGGUUGCAGGACUCAGUGGAGGAGUCGUGUCAACACUGGUGCUGCAUCCUCUUGACCUAGUCAAAAUCAGAUUUGCAGUGAGUGAUGGACUGGACUUGAGACCUAAAUAUAAUGGCAUUAUCCAUUGUUUGAAAUAUGUGUGGCAGCAGGAGGGGGUCCGAGGACUCUACCAAGGAGUCACCCCAAACAUCUGGGGUGCUGGGGCAUCAUGGGGACUCUACUUUUUCUUUUACAAUGCCAUCAAGGCGUACACUAAGGAAGGGCGUCAUUCUGAACUGAGUGCCACAGAACACCUGCUGUCAGCCGCCCAAGCAGGUGUAUUGACUCUCACCCUAACCAACCCUAUCUGGGUGACUAAGACUCGCCUGGUGCUGCAGUAUAACGCUGAUCCCACCAGGAAACAGUACAAAGGGAUGAUAGAUGCACUGGUGAAGAUCUACCGGAAUGAGGGGAUACCUGGACUGUACAGGGGGUAUGUUCCUGGUUUAUUUGGCACGUCACACGGGGCAUUGCAGUUCAUGGCCUAUGAGGAGUUGAAGAGAGACUACAACAAAUACAAGAAAAUGCCUUCAGAAGCUAAACUGAAUGCAUUGGAAUACAUCACAAUGGCAGCUCUAUCCAAAAUAUUUGCUGUGGCUACCACGUACCCUUACCAGGUGGUGCGGGCUCGCCUGCAGGACCAGCAUAAUAAGUACAAUGGAGUCCUGGAUGUGGUCAGGAGGACAUGGAGGAAUGAGGGAGCUGUAGGGUUCUAUAAAGGCAUGGUGCCCAACCUGAUCCGUGUCACCCCAGCCUGCUGUAUCACCUUCGUGGUCUAUGAGAACGUGUCUCGCUUCCUGACGGGCCAGAAGUAAGGAGGACUAAUGAGACAGCCAUGGAAGGACCACAAAUAGGAAGGGACUCAGAAACUAGAACUGUCACAGCAGGUAACUGGACAACUGAAGUCUCCAGAACUGUCACAGCAGGUAACUGGACAACUGAAGUCUCCAGAACUGUCACAGCAGGUAACUGGACAACUGAAGUCUCCAGAACUGUCACAGCAGGUAACUGGACAACUGAAGUCUCCAGAACUGUCACAGCAGGUAACUGGACAACAGGAGCAGACAUAUCCCCUGGAUAUACCUCUGGUAGCCGAGUCAAAACAACCAUAAAGGAACACCUAAAGCAUGUGGUGUAAUUAGAUCUUAUUACCACUAUGAAAAACCAGGAUUCGCGUCUAUCGUAUACAUUUGAGGUUUGGCAUUCUCAGAGACAUGAUGUUGACAAUGCUGGUAAUUAAAGACUGGUCUCUGUCUCUUGGAUGCAUCACAGAAGAACAGACCUCACUGGAGGUAAUCAUGUACCCCCAAUUUGUUUUAAUUUAACUUAUUGGCAUCAUACUGUAGUGCAUGUAAACCUUCAUGUUGAUUAUGUCAUAGGAAAUGAUCACAGAGACUGAUUGCACUGUUCAACAUCUUUGAAAUAUUGUUAAUUUCAGAAGUCUUCAGCUGAAAUAUCAAGUUUGAAUUGGCAUUAGUCCAUUUCUUUCAGGUAAAAUAUUCUAUUCAAGUUUCAACCUUUAUGUUGCUUUUGUAUUUGUUAAGCUUUUUGUUGUUUCAGAUUCAAUUUUACAGCUGUUCUGUGUUUACGUGUCAUUUGGAAAAAGGGAUCAGCACAUGCAUUUCUUUAUGAUUUUACCUGGCCAUACAAAUGUCAUGCCCUGACCUUGGAGAGACUUUUUAUUUCUCUUUUUGGUUAGGUCAGGGUGUGAUUUGGGUGGGCAUUCUAGUUUUUCUUUUUCUUUGUUGGCUGGGUAUGGUUCCCAAUCAGGCAGCUGUCUAUCGUUCGCUCUGAUUGGAGAUCAUACUUAGGCAGCCUUUUUUCCACCUUUAGUUUGUGGGAUCUUGAUUUUUGUAUAGUUGCUGUGUAGCCUGCAGAACUUUAUGUUCAUUUUGUAUUUUGUUGUUUUUCGGUGUUCAAUGUCUAAAUGCAUUUAAAUGCACUUCUUUAUGAAUUCACACAUUAAAAAAAAAAAAAUAUAUAUUCUCUGA